ACACCUCUCUCGCUCCUUCUCUGACACGGUCUCUUCCUGCUGCAUCACAACAGUCGCUAGAGGAUCGGGUAACGCCGCGGCUAUUUCCACCGUCUCGCGGAGUUUUUAUUUCAAUAAAUGUAACAGAAUUCCUCCGCGACAGCUUCAGCCGUCGAGCGCGUCGCCGUCAGCCCGAGCGGACGUCAUUUAACGUGUGAAGCGCGGUGGGAAAUGGCGAGGCCGGAGCAGGUCCUGCUUUUAGAGCCACAGCACGAGCUGAGAUUUCGAGGUCCUUUUACAGAUGUGGUGACCUCCACCCUCAAGCUUGCUAAUCCCACAGAAAGAAAUGUGUGUUUUAAAGUAAAGACGACUGCACCACGCCGUUACUGCGUGCGGCCAAACAGCGGUGUGAUUGAUGCUGGAACCUCCAUCAAUGUCUCAGUGAUGUUGCAGCCAUUCGAUUACGAUCCGAAUGAGAAAAGCAAACACAAGUUCAUGGUACAAUCUGUGCUGGCUCCGCCCGAUAUGACCGACACUGAGGCAGUGUGGAAGGAAGCCAAGCCUGAGGAUCUGAUGGACUCCAAGCUGAGAUGUGUCUUUGAUAUGCCCACUGAAAACGAAAAAACGCAUGACAUGGACAGCAAUAAGAUCUCCAGUCUUUCAAAGUCAGAAUCAUCCACAUUGUCAAUGAAGUCCAUGGCUGCUGGUUUGGAUGACGGAGAUGUGAAAAAGAUCAUGGAGGAGUGCAAAAGGCUGCAGACGGAGGUUCAGCGGCUACGAGAGGAGAACAAACAGAUCAGGGUGAGGCAGGAAGACGACGGCCUGCGGAUGAGGAAGAGCACGGUAAUGUCCGCUCCGCACUCCUCCCCGGCGCUGCGAGUUAAAGAGGAGGGCCUGAGCAGCAGGAUGAUCGCUCUCAUCGUGCUGUUUUUUGUCGUGGGCGUCAUCGUAGGCAAGUUGGCCUUGUAAGACCCGAGAGCCGAGCGCUACAAGCAUGCACCGUGGACGAAACAAAAUCAACACAGACAAGCCACCAUCGCAGAAUUCGUUUAAUCCGAAUGACAUAUCAUUUGGGUAGUUUUGGAUUAGUGAGGUGUGUAAAAUUAAAGCGAUCGGGGAAUUACAUCGUGUAAUGUGCAAUGAAAAAAAAAUGUUUAAAAUGAGCUCCUGGCUCGAAAUUGUGAAAUCAUUCUGCCCUUCUUCCUUAGCCAUUUCUGAUGCAAGUUCAAACGGAUAACAAACGUCACCGAUUUUAACCACUUAAUGUGUCGUAUGGGGUUUUCUAACACCAGAUGUGCGAUUGAGUGAAUGUUGUUUUAUCACUUUUCCUACGGAGGUCAGAAACUGCAAAUUUAACCUGUAUACAAAUGCUAAGUCUUUAAAAGUGUCACAUGUGUGUUUAAUUUAUGCAUCCCCCAAACAUCCCGCAUUAAAACAGCAGUUCACCGAG